UCUCUCGCUUCCGUGUGCGCGCGCGCUGGGGGGGCGGGGAAACGAGGGCGGCUUUUGCCUUGGGCCCAUUAGCUACUUGGCCCGGUACCGUGAAGUGCUGAUUCUAAAAACAAAUCACUGGAAUUGUAACGGUUUCUAUCCUUUUUGCCCUUUAGGUUGGCUUCGUUUUUUCAUCGGAAAUUAGGAGACUUGAUGUAAUUGCUGUGAAAUGGUCUUGUGAAAGCCCUGUAUGGUGACGUGAAGCAAACAUUGGGCCCCUGGGUCUCUCAGCUCUUUUUCUUUUAUUGUUUGAUAUUAAAUUGGCGACUGCUUGAGGUCGGCGCCCCUGAACGUUUCAGGGGCCCCCCUGUGCCAGGCUCUUAUGGUAAAGGAACAUGGACCCUAACAAUAGGGAGAAGGAUGACAGGCCUAGGCCAGCAAAGGCUUUACCUGUGCGGACUGGCCAUAGCUCCCGGCCUUCUAGUUCAACCACCUCCUCAGGGGUCCUCAUGGUGGGGCCCAACUUCAGAGUUGGGAAGAAGAUUGGCUGUGGAAACUUUGGGGAGUUACGACUUGGCAAAAAUCUUUACACCAAUGAAUAUGUGGCAAUUAAACUGGAACCCAUCAAGUCUCGCGCACCACAACUUCAUUUGGAAUAUCGAUUUUACAAGCAGCUUGGCAAUACAGCUGAAGGGCUUCCUCAAGUAUUUUACUUUGGACCUUGUGGAAAGUACAACGCCAUGGUUCUUGAACUUUUAGGCCCAAGUUUAGAAGAUUUGUUUGACCUGUGCGACCGGACGUUCACAUUGAAGACUGUGCUGAUGAUUGCAAUCCAACUGAUCUCAAGGAUGGAAUAUGUACACUCCAAGAACCUCAUAUACAGAGAUGUUAAGCCAGAGAACUUUCUUAUAGGGCGCCAGGGAAAUAAGAAGGAGCAUAUAAUCCACAUCAUAGACUUUGGACUAGCCAAGGAGUAUAUUGACCCGGAAACCAAAAAGCACAUACCUUACCGGGAACACAAGAGUCUGACGGGAACAGCUAGAUAUAUGUCCAUAAAUACUCAUCUGGGAAAAGAACAAAGUCGAAGAGAUGACUUAGAGGCUCUGGGGCACAUGUUUAUGUAUUUUCUGCGAGGAAGUUUGCCAUGGCAAGGAUUAAAGGCGGAUACACUGAAAGAGCGUUAUCAAAAAAUUGGAGAUACAAAACGGAACACCCCUGUUGAGGUGCUUUGUGAGAACUUUCCAGAGGAGAUGGCCACUUACUUACGAUAUGUGAGACGGCUAGACUUCUUUGAGAAACCGGAUUACGAUUAUCUACGUACACUUUUCUCAGAGCUUUUUGAAAGAAAAGGAUAUACAUUUGAUUGUGUUUACGACUGGGUUGGCAGGCCAAUUCCUACCCCAGGUGGAUCUGUGCAUGUGGAUUCUGGGACCUCUGCAAUAACCAGGGAGAGCCAUGCGCACAGGGAGCGGCCAUCACAAACACAGCCCUUGAGAAAUCAGACGGGCGUGCCAGACCGCAGAGGAGCUUGGGACUUGCAGGUCGGCCGGCAGGCUCAUCCCGCUUACCUGGUACCUCACCUGGCAUCAGACCGCCAUGGGGGAUCCGUGCAGGUAAUGAGUUCAACUAAUGGGCAGCUUAAUGCAGAUGACCAAACGGGAGGUCACUCCAAUGCACCGAUCACAGCGCAGGCCGAGGUGGAGGUUGUGGAGGAAGCAAACUGCGUGAAAAUGCUCAACUUGUGGUGCUGCUGUUUUUUUAAGAGGAAAAGGAAGAACCACUCUCAACGGCACCACAAAUGAGCUGCCAGAAUUUUCUGGAAGAGAUUAUUGAAUUUGACAUGCAGAGCUGCUCUGUAAAUGACUCCAGGGCAUUUGGGGAAAGAGUAUGCGGGUUCUAUGUGGCUUGUCAUUCAAGGGAAACAAAAAAAAAAGGCGAAAUAUUUAAAAAUGUCUGCAUUAAUCUGCUGCCAGCUCGCAAACGGUUCCUGAGACAAUAGGUGCAAUAAGGUUUAGCCCUCUAAAAGAGUGAUGAGAUGGAGGGUCGCGCCUACAAUUCUGAUGAGGGACUGGCAGGGACCAUGCCUUCACAAUACUUUGUAUUACCUGCAUUAAUUAAUGCACUCCUGAAUUGCCUGUUUCAACCCUAAUGAUUUAUACUCAUUGCCUAGGGCUGCACCUCAACUUCUUGUUUUACCUCCACCUUAACCAUGAAGACAAGAUGUUGGGUAAAAGAGUUGACUACUUUUUGAAGUUUGUUUUUAUUGUCGUCUUUUUAUUAUUAUUUUUUUUGGUCCCUCCUUUCAUGUUUCAUUUUUUUUUUCUCUUCAUCAAAAUAAAAUGUAGAGAAUUACUGAGCAUUCCAUGUUAGAUGGGCCACUUCAUGCAUGGUUAGAUGCCCCAAGGAGUCUCUGUUGCACUACUGGCUUUAAAGUAAAUAUACAUUUUAUAAGAAUUAUGUGCGCUCUGUCUGCUCUGCCGCACAUACUCUUCCGAGUGACACUCAGGAUGUAAAAUAUCGGAGCCCUGUCUCCCUGCUUAGCUUUAUGUAUACAGCAGAAACCCCUCACCCCCUACCCAAAUCAAACUGAGGAUUAAUAUUUAGUAUUGCUGCUUCAGGGGUGAAUCCAAUAGAAAUCACAAGGACUUGAUUCUAUGAAAGACAUUUCUAUGCUUGAAUUCCUGCUUUGUUUUCACAACUUUAUUAUUUUAACAGGAGCCUACGAACCUUUUCUGUCAUUUUAGCAUGGUAUUGUAGACAAUACCUUUCCUUAAAAACACAAUAUACUGUUUGAUUUCUUGAAUUAUUGUGGAGGGUAAGGCUUGUUUUUCCAUGUGUUAUAAGAUACACUGAGUUUUGAUGCAGAAAACUGUGAAUCUGUUUUCCUUGCUUUUAUGUAUCACUUUAAAAAAAAAAACAACUCCUUCCUAAUGCUUUCUUAUCCGACAGGCUGGUUCUAGGUCAUCAGCCCGUGGAGCUCCUACCUUGAUAGAUAGCUUACAACUCUAAAAAUCCCCUAUCUAUCUUAGCCGAUAGGGGUUGUUGGGUGUUGUAGUUAAACUGCAAUUGGAGUGCCAAGGAUCGUCUCUCCCUGUUAUAGAUGUUUACAUAAUGAACAAAUUGAAAAAUGAAAAUAAUCUAAAUCUGGUAAUACCUUGAUUAUAUAUAAAGCCCCGUACUUAAAGGUAAACAAAUUAUUGACUAAUAACCUUUUAAUUAGAGCCAGUCUUUUUCUAAUACAUUAAUCCUCAGCUGUUGGAGGAAAUACUGAGAAUCCAGCAUUAUGUACACUGAUGCAAUGCUCAUCUGACCCUGUGUAAGCCAUUGUUUGGCAGAAUUGAGGUUGGGUAACCCAUAGGCGAUCUCUGAACAGUGUCCCUACUGGUCCAGUGCCUUUUUUUUCUGCCAAGUGGUUGAAUACUAAAUUCCAAAAGCUUUGCAACAAGGAUACACACACCUCUUGAAGAUGCCUCUCUGGGUUGUGAGGUGAACCCGGGCCUUCCGUUAAUCUUUCUUUUACUUAGUCCUCUCCUCCAUUCAGUGUGGAUGGAUUACCCCUCAGGAAUCUUUUCACUUACCUGCAAUGUACAAAGACCACCCUUUCAAUGUAAUUUUUAUUUUACCUGUAUAUUUAAUUUAGAGCAUCGCAUUGCACUGUAGCUAUAAGGGGAAUUUUUUUAAAGCUUUUUUUUUUUUUUUCCUUUUAAAAACUUAAAUAAAUGUUUGGCUGUUUAAAAUUGUUGGUGAAGGUAUCUGAAACUGUUGCUUACCUGAUUAAAUGAAGGACUGUGUUUUAUCUUCUGCAAACAUUUAAUCACUUCUUAACGUGUGUAAACCAAGGCAGCAAUUGUUUCUGUUGUACUUCCCUAAGCUGUGUAUUUAUUUCUGCACCUCUGCAUUUGUGUGCGUUAGCUAGUGGCUAUAGGAUGGUGUAUUCAAAAUGACUACUUUGACAAAAUAAGCAGGAAAAGAAUACAGACACAAUCUUUUCAGAUCCAAACAUCUCUCUAGGAAUGUAAGUUACAUCAAUAGCAUUUUUAUUUAAAGGGGUUCUCCACCCAAAACUAAUUCAACUUGGCAAUAUAUAUUAAACUUUUUAAUUUUUUUUAGAUUUGUUUUAAAGUUACCCUAUUAAAAAGCAGUAUCUUUCUGCCUGUUUACAUACUCUGCA